UGGUAGACCGCCUUUUUAUGUUAAAGGUGAAGAAUAUGACUUUACUUUAGCUAUGGACAUUAUACAAGGACUCAGAGAAAGUGUCAUUCCUGGUACUCCUGAAUAUUAUGUAAACAUUUAUACAGUGCUGGGACGGCAAGCCAGAAAAUCGUCCAGCUAUGAACAAAGUAGUUGA